AUGAGACGUGUGGUCCAGGUCGGCUUCGCCCUAAGAGUCGCCCACGAGCUGCACGCCGAGCUGCACGCCGAGCUGCACGCCGAGCUGCACGCCGAGCUGCACGCCGAGCUGCACGCCGAGCUGCACGCCGAGCUGCACGCCGAGCUGCACGCCGAGCUGCAGGGCGAGCUGCAUGCCGAGCUGCAGGGCGAGCUGCAGGGAAACCUGCACAGCCACGCCCACCACCACGGCUCCGCCCACUGCAGCAGUCACGGCUCCGCCCACCUCCACGGCUCCGCCCAGUGCCGCAGCCACAGCCCCUCACCACAGCCCCUGUCCCCCAAAGAAAACCCUAUCCUUAGAUUCCCCUAA